AUGGCGCUCACUUCGUAUGUCUGCUUCAAUUGCAGAAAUUCAUAUGGAUUGAAAGCAUCUCUGCGCAAUUUCUCCUCCGCCCGACGCAAUCGAGACAUCUUACGACCCGCAACAGCUCCGAAGCCCACGCCGGACGUCAAACACAUCCGCCAAAAUGCCGACCUCUAUGCACAGAACUGCGUAGAUCGCAACUAUGCAGGACACGCCGGGUAUCCGUCGAAAAUUCAACAAUUAUCAGAGGAAGCUAGACAGCUCGAUCACGACCUAAAAACCCCUCGAUCCCGCAUUAAGCAACUAGAAAAGACCAUCGCCAAGCUACAUAUUGCGACUCGGCAAGAUACAGGAAAUGGGAACACCAACGAGAAGGGCCUGAGUCCAAGCGAGGAACUUGCCGAACUCAAGUCAGAAGCUCAGCGCCUAAAGGACGACUCGCACUCCAUGACAGAACGCAAAGCAACCUGCACCGAAGAGAUCAACCGCCUCGCCCUCUCCCUCCCAAACCUCUCCUCCCCAUUCACACCCAUCGGCCACGACCCAACUCUCGUCCGAUACAUCAACUUCAACCCGGAAGAACCCCCAACCUGGACCCGCCAAUCCCAAACCGAGCUCCAAGCCCGCUCGCACGUCACAAUCGGCACAGAGCUCAACCUCCUCGACUUCGCCAGCUCCGCCACAACGACAGGAUGGGGCUGGUACUUCCUGAUCAACGAAGGCGCAAUGCUCGAACAAGCACUCGUCCAGUACGCGCUGAGCAUAGCCCGACGCCGGGGGUGGAAAACCGUUGCACCGCCCUCAAUCGUCUACUCUUACAUCGCCGAAGCAUGCGGCUUCCAGCCACGCGACCAACACAACGAGCAACAGAUCUGGUCUAUCGAGCAGAACGAACGCGACAAAAACACCAAACCCCAACGCUCGCUAACCGGCACCGCCGAGAUCCCUCUAGCCGCCAUGUACGCGGGCCGCGACAUCAACGCCUCCGAGUUACCUAUCAAGCUCGUCGGCGCGAGCCGCUGCUACCGCGCCGAGGCGGGUUCCCGCGGCGUCGAUACGAAGGGUCUCUACCGCGUGCACGAGUUCACCAAGGUCGAGCUGUUCGGCUGGACGGAUAGCGUGGACGGGGCCGUGCCGAGCUCGGACGAUAUGUUCAACGAGUUGCUGGAUAUGCAGAUGGAGAUCCUGACGGCGCUGCAUCUGCCGUGUCGUGUGCUGGAGAUGCCUAGUGGGGAUCUGGGUGCUAGCGCGACGCGCAAGCGAGAUAUCGAGGCGCUCUUCCCGUCUCGUCUGCGUGCGACGUCGGGUGGUACUGCUAUGCCGGUUGAUCCUGAGAUUCAUCAUUUGGAGUCGGCUUGGGGUGAGGUUACUUCUGCUUCUAUCUGCACAGAUUACCAGAGUCGGCGGUUGGCGGCUCGGGUGCGUGGCGGUGGCGCUAAAGAGUCAAGGUUCCCGCAUACGGUUAAUGGCACUGCUAUGGCUGUUCCGCGUGUGCUGGCUGCGAUCUUGGAGAAUGGGUGGGAUGCUGAGCGGGGUGUUGUUGUUAUUCCUGAGGUUUUGCGGCCUUGGAUGGAUGGGAUGGAGAGUAUUGGUCGGAGCUAG